UUUUCAGUGGCUGCAAACUGAAACCUUUCACUGGCAUUGAUUACAUGAUACACUAUUGAAAAAAUGGCUUCUCUUCUCUUCCUCCAACCUCUCACCAAUCUCUCUUCCUCCACCACCCUCGUCUUUCUCCGUAAUCCCCACCACAUCCCCACUUCAACCUCCCUUAAACCCUCCAACACCCCCAAACCCCUCACAUUCAAAUCCUUCACCACUUCCUUCUCCCUCGCCGAAUCCGACUCCCCCAAAUCUUUACAACCCGAAAUCCGACCCGUUCUCCUAGAACUCGCUGACAGCUUUGAUCUUCCUCCGGACUACUUUGCUAAGCUGCCUAACGAUCUUCGUCUCGACCUGAAUGACGCUGCUUUUGACCUUUCAAAUGGAAAGAUCGUUGAUGAGUGUGGUCAAGAGUUGGGAGAGACAUUGUUAAAUCUCUCUCGUGCAUGGGAAGUAGCUGACACGUCAACGUCGCAUAGUUUAGCUAGCAAGCUCCCUGACUUGGAAGAAUCUUUGACAGACAAUGCCAAAUCAGCACUUGGGAAGCGUUUGGUUUCGGCUGGAAGAAGGUUCCAGUCUAUGGGACAGUAUGGUGAAGGCGAACUGCAAAAGAUUGCAAAAACACUGACUAGGGCCGGAAAGCUUCUAUCUGCAAGUUCAACAUCCACUGUGACUGAUGCAGAACCAAAGAAUGAAAGCAGGAUGCUGAAGUUUGGAGAACUUCAGCUCGAGCUUACAUCAGAAAAAGCUACCGUUGGGGCUAUCAUCAGCUUUGCCUUCGGGAUUCUUUCAUGGCAACUAGCUCAAGGCGUCCAAAACACCCCAGAGAGUUCAUUGCAGUAUGCAAACGACAAUGCUUUGCUGCUGGCUAAGUCUUUGAGGGGAGCUCUACUUGCAGCCUGCUAUUCCUCAGCCAUAUUGUCUGCUUUUACUACCUUCGGACUUAUCUUACUUGGAAGGCAACUAAACUCUCUCAGCUGCUCAGCCUCCGACCUAACCCCCCUCCUCGGCUCCGCCGCCACCAACCUCAACACCACCCUCCUCGCCGAUUUUCUCUGCUCCCGCUUCACCACCAUCUCCACCAGGUUCACCGAAACCACCUAUGCCGUGGACAACACGUAUCUCCUCUUCUCCGCCUACCUCGUCUUCGCCAUGCAGCUCGGCUUCGCCAUGCUCUGCGCCGGCUCCGUCCGCGCCAAGAACACCAUGAACAUCAUGCUCACCAACGUCCUCGACGCCGCCGCCGGCGGCCUCUCCUACUACCUCUUCGGCUUUGCUUUCGCCUACGGCGCCCCCUCCAACGGCUUCAUCGGCCGCCACUUCUUCGGCCUCAACGACUACCCCUCCCCAGCUUUCGCCGGAGACUACAGCUUCUUCCUCUACCAAUGGGCCUUCGCCAUCGCCGCCGCCGGAAUCACCAGCGGCUCAAUCGCCGAGAGAACCCAGUUUGUUGCGUACCUUAUUUAUUCUUCAUUCUUAACCGGCUUUGUCUAUCCGGUAGUUUCUCAUUGGUUCUGGUCAGCCGACGGCUGGGCUAGUCCAACUCGGCCUGAUGACUUACUCUUCGGCUCCGGCGCUAUUGACUUUGCCGGAUCCGGCGUCGUCCACAUGGUCGGUGGGAUCGCCGGUUUAUGGGGUGCCCUAAUUGAAGGACCGAGAAUCGGCCGGUUCGACCGGGCCGGCCGGUCCGUGGCCUUACGUGGACACAACGCUUCUCUAGUUGUACUCGGCACAUUCUUGCUUUGGUUCGGCUGGUACGGUUUCAACCCCGGCUCGUUUCUCACGAUCGUUAAAGCUUACGGCGACGGUGGCAGUUACUACGGGCAGUGGAGCGCCAUCGGGAGGACAGCUGUCACCACCACACUGGCCGGGUGCACGGCCGCUUUAACCACCUUGUUCGGGAAGCGGUUGUUAGUUGGACACUGGAAUGUUCUAGACGUUUGCAACGGUUUGUUAGGGGGGUUUGCUGCGAUCACCUCCGGGUGCUCGGUGGUGGAACCGUGGGCGGCAAUGGUGUGUGGGUUUGUUGCGGCAUGGGUAUUGAUUGGUUGCAACAAGCUCGCAGAGAAGGUGAAAUACGACGACCCCUUAGAGGCGGCGCAGCUGCACGGUGGGUGUGGCGCGUGGGGGUUGAUAUUUACUGGUUUGUUUGCGACGGAGAGGUAUGUGAACGAGGUGUACUCAGGCCGGCCGGGGAGGCCGUACGGGCUGUUCAUGGGCGGUGGAGGGAAGCUGCUGGCGGCACAGGUGGUGCAGAUACUGGUGGUGCUGGGGUGGGUGACGGUGACUAUGGGACCGCUGUUUUAUGGGCUUCAUAAGCUGAAGCUGCUGAGGAUCUCCGACGAGGAUGAGACAGCGGGGAUGGAUUUGACCAGGCAUGGAGGGUUUGCUUAUGUGUACAACGAUGAGGAUGAGGCUUCUGGUAAGCCGGAGUUUAUGAUGAGGAGGGUGGGGCCCACAGAUGAUGCUAGUCCUUGCCCGUAGUACUGUUGGUAUAUAUUUUUACUAUUUUUGUGGUACGGUGCUUGUUAUUUUCAGUUGGUUUUCUGGAAUGGUAGGAUCAUCAAUUAGGAUAUGUUUCUUGGAGUUUAUGAUCAGUUGAUUUGGAAAGAAAAAAAAAAAUGUGUCAUCUACUUGGGUGCCUUGUAUAUUACUUGGAGCUGCCCAACAUGUAUUGCCAAAUAUGCCAGGUAUAAAAGUCAAGUUUAGUCGAUUAAAAA